AAGAGAGUCGUUCAAGAAGAACCGAUUCCUUGACGAUUCUUCUGUCAUUCCGCGUAAAAGCGCAACGCUGGAGUUCGCUGUGCUCCUCCACAGAGUUCCUCUUUGUCCACACUAAGCUCUACGGUGCAGUUCGAUAUGAGAAUGGGGAUAAAUCAUUUCACGGUGUAUUUGGUGACUGCUGCCUUCCUGAUUCAAGUGUCUUUGCAAGGAGAACACCAGCGGCGUCUUUAUAAGGAUCUCAUGCAGAACUAUAAUCCUUUAGAGAGGCCCGUGUACAACGACUCUCACUCCCUGACGGUUCACUUUAGUCUCAGCCUGAUGCAGAUCAUGGAUGUGGAUGAGAAGAAUCAGGUUUUAACAACAAACAUCUGGUUACAACUGUACUGGGUGGAUUAUUAUCUGCAGUGGAACCCGAGCGACUACCCUGGAGUGUCUAAUGUCAGGUUUCCUGAUCAUCAGAUCUGGAAACCUGACAUUCUCCUCUAUAACAGCGCUGACGAGAGGUUCGAUGCCUCUUUUCAUACCAACGUCCUGGUCAACUCAUCCGGCUACUGCCAGUAUCUACCCCCAGGUAUUUUUAAGAGCACCUGCUACAUCGAUGUGCGCUGGUUUCCCUUCGAUGUUCAGAGGUGUGAUUUAAAGUUUGGAUCUUGGACCUAUGGAGGCUGGUCUCUGGAUCUGCAGAUGCUGGAAGCAGAUAUCACAGGCUACAUAGCCAAUGGAGAGUGGGAUCUAGUGGAGGUUCCUGGACGGAGGAACGAGAGGUUUUAUGACUGCUGUAAGGAGCCAUACCCUGACAUAACCUUCACAUUGGUGAUGAGGAGGAGAACGCUCUACUACGGCCUGAACCUGCUCGUGCCCUGUGUGCUCAUCUCCACCCUCGCACUGUUGGUGUUCCUGCUGCCUGCUGACUCAGGGGAAAAGAUCUCUUUGGGAAUUACCGUUUUGCUCUCACUGACCGUCUUUAUGCUGCUGGUGGCUGAAAUCAUGCCAGCGACAUCAGACUCAGUGCCUCUGAUCGCUCAGUAUUUUGCUACUACUAUGGUAAUUGUUGGGCUCUCAGUCAUUGCUACAGUGCUUGUGCUACAGUAUCACUACCAUGACCCAGACGGUGGCAAGAUGCCGAAGUGGACGCGUGUGGUACUGCUGAACUGGUGCGCCUGGUUCCUGCGUAUGCGGCGCCCAGGAGACCAUCAUGUCCACUCAGCCUGCCACAACAAACCUCUUCACAGAGGCAGUGUGUCCAGUGUGGAGCUGUGUGUUGACCAGGCGACGCUGCAGUCUUCCAACACCAACACGCUCUACAUCGGCUUCAGGGGUACAGAAGGUGUUCACUGCUCCAGCUCAGCUGAGAGGGCUCUGAUUUGUGGUCACGUUACUCGAGCCAAUGAGGAAGAAGUGUUGCUCUCGGGGGCCACGGUGGCGCCGCUAGGGACCAGGAACGGAGACGGGCACACCAGAGGUAUCGUAGGAGGGCCUGCUAUGACUGAUUUGACAAAGAUUCUAGAGGAAGUGAGGUACAUCACAAGGCGAUUUCGAAACCGGGAUGAAGACGCAAGCAUGUGUAAUGAGUGGAAAUUCGCAGCAGCAGUCAUCGAUCGAAUGUGUCUGAUGGCUUUCUCUUUCUUCACGAUACUCUGCACUUUUGGCAUUCUUAUGUCUGCUCCAAACUUUGUAGAGGCCAUCUCUAAAGACUUCUUCAGUUAGUAGAACAAGCCGUGUACACUCACAUAAACACAAUUACAGUGUUCUUAUACACACGCUACUACACGCUCCUAUCAUUCUGUAACACAUUGUUUCUGCCCCAGUACUAACAGGAGUGGAAGUGUUUUUGUGACCUGUGGGUUUAUACAUACGCAUUAAAAUACACGCUUUUUUAAGUGCAAUAUUUUUCAGGCUAAACUCUAUGUACCACAUCUGUACAUAUGUUCCACAGGAAGCGUUUCAAAGGCUUCGGCCCGUCGGAUGGGUCUGUAAAGUAGUCGUGCAUCCGGUGUGUAUUCCUGGAGAUGGGCUCUAUAUCCACAGUAUAGCAUCAAUAUGAAAGAAUAAAUUACUAUAAACAGACAUAAGAGGACUUACAGAUUUAUUACAGAGCUUAUACAUGAAUUAGAACUUUUUUCAAUGUGUGAAUCACACACACACACACACACACACUACACACACACUACACACACACUACACACACUACAGAUGUGGGAAAUAGAGAUUUUGUUGAAGAAUAUUGGAAAGUUCAUUUAAAUAUCAGUCACAUAAAUAAUAAAGUACGAUAGUGUUGUCGAAGUGUUCGCUCUCUGUUCGAUAUCCACGUCACUGUGUGUUUCUCAAGGUAGAUUUCAUAACGGUUGAAAUAGAUAGAAUUCAUUUACACGAGUUAAAACACACACACACACACACACACACACACACACAUUUUUAGCACUGUGUCUUUAAUAAUACAAUAAUAAUAUUCUUUAGUACACAGUGCAAAUGCUCAGUAUUAUUUUACUUUAUUUGCGUUCACAAAGUUUUUUCAUCUUGACAUGUUUUUUGAAUUGAACGUUAUUACCGUAACGACGAGGAAACACUCUGCUAACCUAAAAUGAGUUAAAACUUCUACCUACAUCCCAAAUACUAUUUCCUUAAUUUUUUCUAUCAUUUCGCACUUCAUGAAUUUAGAUAUUGGUCUAUUGUGUUUUUUUUCUGUGCCCUUUACAAAUAAACAUAUAAUAUUUUUCUAAA